AUGUUCUCCUUCGCCUUCCUCCCACUUGACAGUAUGUGGCAUUCUCAGUUUUCCUCCUCCUUACUCAUUAAACCAUCUCCUCCUCCCUUUACCUGCAAUUCGUCGCCUUUCGUCCUCCCGCAGCUCACACUACCUCCGUUUUUCCACUGUGCGCAUACUCACUCUCCCUCCUCCCGCCGCUACCUCCCACUUCGUCUAUGCUUUUCUCCUCUGCCUAUCGCCUUUCCCGUGUCAAAGUUUAGUUGUGCAAAAAACUACAAAACCGAUGCAGAGUCGUGCUGUCGGGAUUGGCGGCGGGGGCUGGCUGCCUGGCUCUCUCUCUCCAACCAACAACACGGCAAUAAUGUAUUGUUGAUGACCACGACGUGCACGGGUCUCUUUUUGCACCAAUCCUUUGAUGAUAUAUCGGCAAUAUCUCUAUUCUUGCAGUAUUUUGCAAAAGCAAUUAAUAGGACAAUUUUGAAGUUUUCUGACAGACAUGAUCAAGUUCACUCUGUCAUGGAGGAUGGCCGCUGUUUACUGGAUGUGAUAGGAGACCCUAAACUUUUAACUGAAUUUUUAGAUGGAGCGGAGCCGGAUCCAUCCCUGUCUGGUGAUAGCCAAAUCAGUGAAAAUGCCUAUAAAUGGCCUGAAGAAGAGUUUUUGCCUUCAACUAUAGGGUCAUCAGAAAAUGACUGCAGUGAUUCCUUGCCUCUUAUCAAAUCGCAAACAUUAAUAACUUCAGCAGCGGCUGCAGCAGCACCUCAUCUAUCAGUACUGUGGCUGGCUCUCAACAAGUUGCAGCUCUUCUGUCACCCCAGUCGGCUAACUUUGGACAAGUUCAGCUGGUUCAACCAGGAUGCAGCUCAGCGCUGUCUCAAGACCAAAAAUCCUCUUAUCAGAACACAUUUGCACCAAUUGGUCAAGGCUUGCUCUGUGUCAAUGAUGUUUGAAGUAUCUCACGUUCAACUACCUGUUGUUAUUAUUAUUGGUAAGAAUUCCAAUCCAAGUGUUAGCAGCUCCCUUACACCUAGUCAAAGCCCUGCCCCCAUAAACUCUCCACUAGUCAGUAGAUCCCUGACUCCUGGAUUGGUCACUAUUAGCCCAUCAUUCAGUGGACAGCAUCCCAAUAGUGUCAGUCCAUCCCCCAAUGUUGGUGUGGUACAGAUUCCUACAUCAGUGCAAUCACAGCCUUCUACGCAGCAACAAUUGCAGGCAGCUGCUGCUGCUGCCGCCGCUGGAGGUGUCCCAAUCCAAAAUCUAGUCCAAACUCCAAACCAGCCACAUAUCCAGAACUUACUUCCUGGGCAAGCCGUUCUCCCAACUCAGGGACAGAAUAUUGUGCACACCCAAAAUACAGUGAUUCAGAACCCUAACGUGGUCAAUGUGAAUGUCGCCCAUGUUCUGUGCAAUAACUCGGCGCAACAAGCAAACCAGCAGGGAGGCAUGGUGAGUGUGUAUCCCAAUGUACAAGCUGCCUCUUCGUCAAACCCUGUCACACUGCAAGGUACCAUCAUAAAUACUCCACAGGGGAAAAGCAUUAUCAUCCCUAAUGUUGCUGGACUCCAAAAUCUCCAGCAGGUUCAGAACCUGCAGCUGCCCCCGUCCCAUGUUGGGCAGCAGGUGUCCAGCACUGGCACCCUACUUCAUGCUGCCCAGCCUACAGUGGGUGGGGCCCCAGGUAUGGCAAUGGGCAAUGCUGCAGGGAUGGCUGUUGGAGCUGGUGGCACCAUGCAGCUGUCUGGCCAGCAAACACAAGAUAAGUCGCAAGCUACUCUUACGGCAGCAGCAACUGCACAACCUAAUUAUAGCUUUGUUAACCUCAACACUCCAUCUAUUAUCUUUCGGGCAAUACCACCAAAUUUGAUACAAAUUCAAUCAACUACCAAUGGUGGGCAGUCAUCAACAGUCACUUCACAGGUGCAGUCAUAUCCUCAGAUCUCGCAGUCCCAGCUGAUCAACUCCUCCACAUCCCAAGGAAGCAUUCCAGUGCAGCAAGUGGUCAAUACUCUUCAGGGUCAACAACUGAAGGUGAUUAGUCAUCCCGGACUGCAGAUGGCUGGAUCACAGCCUGGUACUGUUACUGUAAACAUUGGUGGACAGAAUUUUAACUUGCAAGGUCUCACAUCAGGACCACUGCAGUUCCAAGGAGGUCGGCAAGUUUUAUUACAGACCCCACAAACACAUACUGUGCCCAUUCAGACAACCACAGUAAAAACUACUAUUGCUGGACAGGAUAUUUCUUCUUUAGCAUCACAAACUCCUCUUACAACUAUGCAAGUCAUCCAGAAUGUCAGCAGCACAAGUAGCACAACAACCACUGGCAAUCAGCGUAGUACCAGCCGAACAAAAACCCCACCAAGCAAGUCUGCUAAAAGCUCAUCAAAGCAGAAUUCUCGAAAUCGUGCAUCUCCAUUACAACACCAACAUCAACAUCAACAGCAUCAGCAGCAACAUCAACAUCAUCAGCAACAACAACAACAACAGCAACAGCAGCAGCAGCAGCAGCAAGUUCAAACAAUUCAUAAUAUCCAGUUACCUCUACCUCUGCAUCGUGUAAGCAGCAGUCCAGGCCUCAGCACUGCUCACUCCACUACUGUGACCACGACUGUCUCCCAGUCUCUUGUACAGUUGCCUUCACAGGUCAGUGUUGCCAACAGUCUAGUUGGUGUCCAGGUGUCAUCCAGUACUGUUCAACCUAAACCCAUUAGCAGCAGUGGGGUUGUCCAAACUUCAGGCUCACAAGUUGUAGCCAAUCAAGCUCAAGCAGCUGUCCUUAACUCGCAUAUGCAGACAAUACAAAUUACCCAUGAUCCUAGCUUCUUAGCCCGAGCACAGAAUGAUAUAACAGCAUUAGUCUCUAUAAAGAACCCAAACCGAACACAGAAAGCCCAAUUGGAUCAGUUAGCAAUGAUCCAAAAGAAACUGUUGUCACAAGGACAGCAGCAAUUUGUGACCAGUGGUCAAGUGGGUCAAUCACAGAUAGCCCAAACUCCUGUUGCUCAGGCAGCUCUCACACAGCAGGCUGUGAUACAGCAAGCAUCAGCAGCUUCAUCAGUGCCAACAGCAGGCAAUGCCUCCAAACUAAACCAGUAUCAGCCACAGCAGGCUACUGUAGUUGGCCAGAUUCCUUUUGCACAGGUCAGCAAAACAGUGGCCAAUGUGAUCUCCAAUUCACUUGCUAAUCAGUCAGCAAGUGGUCAGGUUACACCAUCACAAACUGUACCAAUGUUAACCACUCAGCCUACCACCAUUGUCCAAUCAGCUCCAGGUGGGGGCAGUAUACAAGUAUUGACUACUAACAAACAACAUGUUGUUGGAAUGAUUUCUGGCACAACGACUCUAAUACCAGUUGUCCCCAGUACCUCAGCUUCAGCUACUGGAUCUUUUGUACCAGCUUCAAAUAUGCAUACUAUUGCAACUGGAAAGUUACCCAUACCAGCAACACCUACUACUGUGCCCACACCUGUAAAGAUUGGUGAUAAAGAGGUGUUGAUCAAUGUGCCUGUUCAAAACAAGGAGAAGAUCUUAGCACAAUUGGCACAGCUGGCUCCUGAACAACAGCAAAUCCUUAAGCACAAGGGCAAGUUCAUAGUGAAAUUUGAUCCUCAAACUCACACGCACAUCUUGCAGGCCCAACAGCAAAGCCAAACUCAGGCUCAAGUACACCAUCACCAUCAUCACCAUCAGCAACAACAGCAGCAACAACCACAGCAGUCACAACAGCAGCAACCACGACAAAUUCGACAACAACAAACUGCAACAGUUGCAGCAGCGGCUGCGUCCACUGGAAAUACUGUUGUCCUUCCCAAAGGUCAAAUGCAAAGAAGUGGACAUACUUGUAAAGGUCAAAUGUCCAUAGAUAGCAAGCUUCCCCUUCCUGUUCAGGAAUUAGAUAAAAAUUUAGUUCAAGUCAAAGUUGAACCUGGGCAGUCAACAACAGUUAUAAAAGCUCCUGGCAAAGCUCCAAAACGAACGACAGAAAUGUCUAGGAGUGUUGCGAUUCAUCAACGACUUAGCCGAGACCAAGCAUCUGCAUUAAAAUCUGACACGAAGGCACCAUUCAAAGACAAACAAGAUGCCUGCAAACGUUUGAUUCGCUUCCAUGUAUUCCAGGACUGGGGACCAACACAAGAAAAAUUAGACAAAGCUGAUCAAUUGUUUGAACAAGCUGCUAAAGAUAUUUUAAAGAAGAAAGAUGCCAUGUUUGAUAAAUACAGAUUAUUGUUAUUAGAAGAAAGUAUGCGAGAUAAACCAUCAGCUGAAAUGGUUAUGAUUCAGCGGAUGCUGAACCAAGACAUGACUGCUGUCCUUGAGGAAGAAAGAAAAAUAGCUGCUGAAAAUCCAGAUGACUUUGAACCCAUGCCAAGAAAGCUGCUUAAGUUGGAAACAGAGGAUGAAAGCUCUGAUUACAAAGAGGAGUGCAUUAAAGCUGAGCCUACCAAGGAUGACUACAUUGAAUGUAAAUCAAAUUCUUCAAGUAAAAUGCCCUUCCUCUCUGUAAACAAAAAAGAACCUGUAGAUAGCAAGGAAGAUCGUUAUUCUGAUUCUGGAAAGAAAUGGAAAUGCUCAGGUCGAGGGGAACAACAGCAUUCACCUCCACGGAGUGUCAAGUUGGUUAUCCGGAAUGAUGGGGUCAGUUUUAGCAGCAGCCUCUCUGUCAAAGUGAAGAAAGAGAAAUCCCCUAAACCUCCAAAGACUGAAAAGAAUGAAAAAGACCACACAAGUUGUGUUACAGUAAAGAAAGAACCCCCUGACAUAAAGUUCUCCCCAAUAGAAAUAAAACAAGAACCUGUGAGUGAAGAAAAUUAUGCUGAAUGGAAAACUUCAUUGCCAGCAGCCAGUACUUCAAAUGUCGUAAAGCAAGAAAUGUUGUCCUCAUCAAAUUUUCAUAGAUGUACUGCUCCAUCUGGUGGUAUCAUGGUCUUGACCACUGGAACAACUACUAUCACCACCACCACAACCACCACCACCACAACGACAACAACAACAAUGGUGACUGCAGCACCUGUAACAGCUGUGGCAACAAAAGCAAAUGCCAUUACAGCAGCAAUUAUACAACCGACAACAAUGCCGGCAUCAACAGUGCCUGUUUUGUUGACACCUGCCACUGUUGCAAACUCUUUGGUACCUGUGGCUGGGGUUUCCAGCACAGCACCCGCAACAACAACUACAACCUCUGCAUUUCAGAAAAAUUGUGACACCUCGAACAAUGACCUCUUUAUGGACGAGGAAGAUUUCCUUGAAGGUCAGUUAGCCGACCAAGAUCGGAGGAAUAGUUAUCAGUCUGAGUCCCAACGAACUCGAAUUAAAUCGGAUACAGAUAUCCUGGAAGGAUCUCCUCCAGAUGAUAUUCUGUCAUCCUUUCAUGGGUUGGAUUUUACGGUUGAUUUCAUCCUGCCAGAAAAUCCAUCAACCAGUAGUAUUAAGCAAGAACUGGGCUCAACAGACCUUGGCUUUGACCGCCACCAGUCUGCUUUGCCUCAGUUCUCUCUAGGUAAUUCCAACUCAAAUUCUUUUGCAUUAGGGAAUUCUCAUUUCAGUCCUAAAACUUAUGAGCCGGACCCAUCUGCUACCUAUUCCCUCGAAGACUUUGUGUCUGACGACCUGCUAGGAAACUGCCAUUUCCCCUUGCAGUCCACAUCAAACUUGGUCCCCGAGGACUUGCCCCUGCCUACUGCUGCUAGUUCUGAAUUGCAGAAUGCUGUUGAAAGUAUUGUGGACUUUGACAAUACUGACAGUAUGGCUGUCUCUGAGUGUAGUCUUGACUCACUGGCACAUAGGACUAAUUUAGUUUUAAAUUCUGAGGACACUGUACAAUCCAUCCUUUCUGGGUCGUCUACCUUGCACAAUGCAGAACCUGCUCCGUCCCCUGUUAUUGCUGCCACCAACAGCAGUAGCAGUACCGGGGCAACCACCAGUAGUAGUAGUGGUGGUGGAGGAAACAAUCCCACAAGCAACCAGCAACCACAAGUGGUUGUUGUCUCCUCCACUUCGUCCACAGACUGUAUAGCAGACAUUCCGGAUGCCUACACCGAUCCAAAGCUAAAACAACAGACAGAGAGCGCCGUGAACAGCAUCCUGGGUCUCACGCAGGAGCAAACCAUACCAUCAAGUGACUUUGGUAUUGUGGACAGUCCGAUGGAUGAUUACAGUAACAGCAGUUCACACCACUCCUGCAAUGUUGGGGGAGUGAGCACCACCAGUAGCCUAGCCAGUGGUGGUGCCUCUGUGGACAGCAGUGUGGCUUGUACUGUAGCCAAUACUGCAAUGGACACUGGAGUGGCUGUUACUGUUGCUGCAGCUGUUGCUUCUUCAGCUGCUGCAAGUGGAGUGCCACAAGACUUUUACUCUUCUGUUCAUGAUCGGUCACUUGAUGAGAACAGUCUUGUUAGUGCUACAGACACUGACAUGCAGAUUGAAGAUGAUUUAGAUGCUGCUGUUCAAAGCAUUCUCAUUUGCUCAUCCAACAGACGAUUUCCCUUCCCUCCCUCUCAUCAACACCACCACAAAUAUAGUAUCCGGAUGUUUUCUCUCUCUCUCUCUCUCUCUCUCUCUUCUUUGUUCCCUAAUUGA